GGGAAACUGUCACAGUCAGCGAGUUUGUGUUGAUUUUGGCGUGUUUUCUUUUCAGGGAUAUAAGUUGUUUUCAACAACAUGGUAGCUCGUUAAAUGGUGUACCCGUGCCUCGUUAAUUUAGUAAGGAUUUGGCGUGGUUGUCACCUCUAAUUUGGUUCUUUCAGAGUAAGAAACCAACCUUCAACAAUGUCAACCAUAGAGAAAAUGAGCAUUCAGGGGGUGCGAAGCUUCGGUCCAGAUGAUCCUAACAAACAGGUCAUCACAUUCUUCAAGCCCCUGACUCUCAUCCUUGGCCCUAAUGGUACAGGGAAAACUACUGUGAUCGAGUGUCUGAAGUACAUGACAACAGGUGACAUGCCCCCCGGCAGCAAGGGGGGAGCGUUCAUCCAUGAUCCCAAGGUUGCCCACGAGCGGGAAGUGAAGGGUCAGAUCCGCCUCUUAAUGAGAGACAUGACCGGUCAGCAGUGUAGCGUCCAGAGGUCCAUCACAGCCACACAGAAGGUGAAAAAGAUUGAGACGCGGACACUAGAUGGAGUGAUCUCGAGAUGGGGACCUGAUGGACAGAAGAAGAGUAUCACUUCCAGGUGUGCCGAACUGGACAAGGAGAUGGUGACAGCACUGGGUGUGUCCAAGGCCGUGCUGGACAACGUCAUCUUCUGCCACCAAGAGGAGUCCAACUGGCCACUGUGUGAGGGUAAGGCCUUGAAGGAAAAGUUUGACGCCAUCUUCGCCUCGACCAGAUACACCAAGGUGCUCGAGACUAUUCGGAAACUCAAACAGGAACAGGACGGUAGCAUCAAGCUGUACAAGCAGGACCUCAAGUACCUGAAGGAUCACAAGGACAAGGCAGCUCAGCUGCAGUCCGACCUGGAGGAACUCAACGGCAAGGCGGCAGCAUCCAAAGAGUCAGUGGCCAAGAUAACCGUGCAACUCGGCCCGAUAGAGGAGCGUCUUGAUCAAAUACAACAGAAUGCUAAUGAGAUCUACAAAGUGAAGACUAAAAUUGAGAAACUGGAGAGUGAAAAGGGACAACUGGAGAAAAACAUUCAGGAACUCCAGGACAACAUUGAACAUGUGUUUCAGGGGUCCACAGAGGAGCUGAAGGGGGUCCUGGAGGACUUUGAGGACAAGCUUCAGGAGAGGAAGGACACCGUGCAGCAGAUGGAGCGGCGGAAGGAGGAGCUGUCAAUAUCGGUGGAAAAGCUGGGCAGGGAGAAGUCACAGCUGCAGCUGGAGGUGGGCAAGCUGCAGCAGGAGGCCCAGACUCACAAAGAGAAUGUUGAGAAGCGGGAUGGCCUGAUCUGCACCCUGGCUGCCCAGUACGAGUUUGAAGGGUUUGAGAGAGGGCAAAUCUCGGAUGAGAAAUAUAAAUACUUCUUUGAAAAUGUCAGAAGCAAACUGGAGGGAAUGGUUGCCGACACUCAAAAGUUGAAGACACAAUAUGAGGAGAAGGAAGCCUCCAUUCAAAAGAAGAUGGACGACCUGCGGGACAGCAAGACCAAGCUGGAGCAGAGUGAGCGCAUCAAGAAAGACCUCAUGACCAAGAACUCAAACGAGAUCCGACAGAUUAACCAGAAGUUGAGCCACAUGGAGGCCUCGGCCGGGCGACUUGACCAGCUGACCAGGGACUUGAAGGGGGCAGAGCUAGACCUGAGCAGCACAGAGGGGACAGUCAACCUGGAAGAUCUGAAGAGGGAGAUAACUCUCCUUGACAAGGACAGACGACAGCUGGACACAACUCUCAGUGAUUUGAACUCGGAGAUGAAUCGUCUGAACCGGGAGCUGGAGACCCAGACCCAGCUGGACAUGCUGAAGAAGGAGAGGACAUCCAAGGAGGACAUCAUCCGGCGACUGAAGGCGAAACACGAGGACGGCCUGACCUACCUUUUGGGCCACAUGCCGACGACCAACAUCCGUGGACAGCUCGAGGACUUUAUAGGGCAGCAGACGGAGCAGGUGAAGCAGUGUUCCGCUGAGAUGCAGAAGGCCAAGACCGAUCUCUCCUCCAAGGAGGCCGAGAAGAACAUGCUGGGGAGGCAGAUCAAGGAUAGUGAACAAAAGCUGACAGGGCUUGAAGAGAAGAUAUUUGAUGUGUGCGGCAGCCAGGACUUCGAUGAUGGACUCAAGUCCGUACAGUCCAAGAUGGCACAGGCGCAAGAUAAACGUGGCUCCCUUCUCGGUGCGGAACAUUUCUUUAAGAAGUAUCAGGAUGACCUGAAGAAAGACAGUCCCUGUUGUCCCCUGUGUCACCGAGAGUUUGCCACCGAUCAGGAGGUCCGGGAACUGAUCCUAGAGCUCCAAGACAAGCUCCGCCUCGUGCCGACCCACCUGACGAAGGCAGAGAAAGACCUUGACGACUUCCAGCUCAAGUACGACAACAUGACACAGCUAAAGCCCCUCCGGGAAAAUAUCGUGACCCUGAGGGAUGCAGAGAUUCCACAACUGAAGAACAAACAGCGCCGCCUGAACGAGGAGAUACAGAAACUCCGGGAUCUUGUGCAGAAUAAGGAAGAUGAGCUACAGGCCAAGGAAACAGACGAGGUCACCGGGAAAAGCAUGCAGCCAGACAUCGUCAUGAUGGAUCGCUACUAUGGCGAGAUUCGAGAACUGGACAAGAAGAUCGCCACACACAGUUCCAUGCUGUCUGGAGGAGAUUCUGGACGGACCCUGGAGACUGUGAUUGGGGAGAAAGAAGACAAGCAGAUGCAGUUAGAUACCAUCAAUCGCAAGCUGGAUCAUAAGCGACAGAAGAUGAGUGACCACUCUGAGCAUGUGCAGAAGCUGAGGUCAAAGGUGAACACGCUGAAGGAAGAGAAGCUGAAGAUCGACAGCGAGUUGCAGCAGCAGACCAAGUUGGAGGAGACGAAGGCCGGACUCAGCACCGACAACAAGAUGCAUGAACAAGACAUCCAGGAAGCCAGAACCCAGAUAAGACCACUGGAGGAGCAGAUCGAGCGUCAGCGCCAGGAGAAGAUAAAGCUGGUGGCUACCAAGGACGACAAGAUUGACGGAGCCAAGGCGGAGAUUGAGUGUGUGCGGUCCGAGGCGAAACAGGUGAAGGACAUCAACAGUGACAUCAAGCAGUACAACCAGUCCAUGAAGGCAGACAGACUUGAGAAGAGUCGAGAGCGGAUGACGGACAUCGCGGCCAAGGAGACAGGUGUGAACCAGGAACGGGAGGAGAUCACCGAGAACGUCAACAAGCUCAGUAAGGACCUGGCCACUCAGCAGAUCCGAGAGCGCGAGUUAAUGGACAACCUCCAGCUACGGCAGAAACAGAAGGAGGUCGGUCGCCAGGAGCGUGAGAUCGGUGUCCUGCAAGGCCAGAUGGGGGACUUUGACACCGCCAAUCUGGAGAGGGAAAGGAGGAAGCUGCUGCAGAAAGCGGAUGAGAUGCAGAAAGAGCGCAACAUCUGCCAAGGUCGCCAGCAGGGUCUCGACGACAUGAUCCGCAACACGAAGAGGGAGCUCCAGACAGACAUGUUCAAGGAUGCUGGCUCCAAGUACCGAGACAUGAUGAUCCAGAUGAGGACAACUGAGUUGGCCAAUAGUGACUUGGAGAAAUACUACAGAGCUAUGGACAAGGCUAUCAUGAACUACCAUGUCCAGAAGAUGGAGGAGAUCAACAAGAUCAUCCGGGAACUGUGGAGGAACACCUACCGCGGGAACGAUAUUGAAACAAUUGAGAUUCGUUCUGAUGAUGAGGACAGUGGUGCCCUGAAGUCCCGUCGUGUCUACCACUACCGUGUGGUGAUGAUCAAGGGUGACACUGCUUUAGACAUGAGAGGCCGAUGCAGCGCCGGACAGAAGGUGUUGGCGUCCCUGAUCAUCCGUCUGGCGUUGGCGGAAACGUUUUGUGUCAACUGUGGAAUUCUGGCCCUGGAUGAACCUACGACCAACCUGGAUAGGGAGAACAUAGAAAGUCUGGCUUACGCUCUUGUCUCGAUAAUCAAGGCUCGGUCCUGCCAGAGCAACUUUCAGCUAGUGCUGAUCACCCAUGACGAAGACUUUGUGGAACUCCUUGGGCGGUCAGAGUAUGUGGAAGACUUUUAUAGGAUCAGCAAAGAUGAGUCAGGGUAUUCCUGCAUCACAAAGUCAAAGGUAGAGAAUCUACAUCGAGGUUAAGACAAGAUAGGGCUGUGCUGCUCCACCCAGACAAGAAACAUGUGACACGAGCCGUAUCCACCAUCAACACAGUCUCUCUCAGACGACGUGUAUAGAGCACACACCUUGUGUCGCAUCAACCAUGGUAUCUAUAGACGUUGUAUGUUGGGUCAUCAUCAUCUCCAUGACAACCUGCAGGACGGUACUUGUCAUCUGGUCACACUCAGCCUGUGUACAGAGCUCAAAACUUCUCAUCACAUCAAUCAUGUAUCUGUAGACUUAAAAAUGGGGUAAUAUGACUAAAGUAAGUGACUCAAUCAGUUCAGUGAUAGUUCUUAAUAGUACUUAGUAACUUAGUAGUUUUGAACAGAAAGGCACAGAUGACAACCAUUUGCAAAACUUGGUGGUUGGGAGGAAUUCUGCAGAUUUGAAUUCCAGCUGCAGUAACAAUAUCUCCGUGCUGAUUCCUGUAAACGAUUUUGAUAUUGACUUGCUGCUGCACAGACCUACAGCUGCCCCACAGUGUUUCCCUAAUACUUUCCCGACACAAGUCGGCAUCACACGAUAUAUGCUUCUGUAAAGUGCAUGCAUCGUGAUCUAACAACAAAUGCAACAGGAUUAUCUUCCUAAGACUUACCUCCAAAUACAAGUACUCAUAUUUUAAAUCGUCAAACAAUAUCUUUACUUAAUGUGUUGGAAACUGGAUCAGUGAAGAUUUUUUAGCCGCCAUUGCGCACAGCAAUGGUGGCCAAAGCUCUGUACCCUCGAUGACUCCAAGCCGACAAGUACAUUGAAAGCUACACAUAUUUCACAUCUUCCCGAGGCAACAGUGUUAACUGACUAUAAAAGUCCAGUUUCCACCCUUGCCGAACUCGGCUGGUAUUAUGGAGUUACAUUUUGGCUGGACUAACGAGUC